AUGCCGCUGGAGCUGUUUCUGGACCUGUACUCGCCCCCGUGCCGUGCAGUCUACAUUUUUGCCCGGAAGAAUGGCAUUCCCUUCGAGCUGCGGCCUGUGGAGCUAGGACGGGGGGAGCACCUGAAGCCUGAAUUCCUGAAGGUGAACCCCCUGGGGAAGGUACCUGCUCUCAAAGACGGGAACUUCCUGCUGGCGGAGAGCGUGGCCAUCCUUUUAUACUUGAGCCGCAAGUACCGGGCGGCGACCCACUGGUACCCAACCGAGCUGCAGGCCCGCGCGCGUGUGGACGAGUACCUGGCGUGGCAGCACACGGCCGUCCAGCUGCCUGCUUGCAACGUCUACCUGUGUAAGUCCCUCCUGCCCCAUUUCUCGGGGCAGCCUGUGGACCCCGUGCGGCUAGACCGGCUGUUGGGGAAGCUGAAACCAGCUCUGCAGCACCUGGAUGGGCAGGUCCUGGCCACCAAGCCCUUCCUGGCCACCGAGCAGCUCUCCCUAGCGGAUCUGAUGGCAUUCACGGAGCUGAUGCAGCCCACUGCUGUUGGCUGCGACAUCUUCCAAGACUGGCCCCAGCUGGCAGCGUGGCGAGCCCGAGUAGAGGCUGCUCUGGGCCCUGAGCUCGUCCAGGAUGCCCACAGGCUUGUGCUACAGCCUCGGGACCCCCGAGACGCCCAGCGGGACCCCAAGCUGGCCCAGGAGCUGGUGCAGAGACUGCUGGAGCGGCUCAGCUGAGAGGGGUACGGCCGGGCCCGCUCCCCUGCACUCUCCUGCCACAAUAAACAUGCUGUGUGCCCUCCA